GGAACACCUUAAAAUUUGUCAUCUAUGAAUUGGAUUAGUCAGUCAUAGUUAUUUAAUAACAUAGACAAGAUAAAUAAACAAUACAGACAUAAGUUAUAGUCAUAACAAUACAUAAUACUUAUUAUGCACAAGUUAAAGCAUAUAGGAAAGAUGAUUCAAUGAUCAUUUGAACGAAAUAUAAUUUCCAUUCACGGAUGAUUUACGAUCCUAUAGGGAUUAAACAUUAUUAUUACUAUCAUUGGCAUUUUAUUGCGUGAGAUUAUCUGUUCCUCUACCGAUUUUAUUAUUAUGUAUAUUAAACAAUAUAAUUUCACUGAAGCUAUGAUUAUAUUUUUCUAAUAUCUUCUGUGAUAUUCAAUAACAAAUAGGAUUAUUAUUAUUAUUAUCAUUGUUAUUCUUGUCUGGGCUAUUAGUACUACUACUAUUUUCAUUACAAUCAUUAAUAAUACUAUCUUAUAUCAUACUAUUAUAUGAUAUCACUCAGUUCAGCUGGUAAUCGACGUCCAGCUACAUCACAUAGUAUAUCUGAUUAUUAUCCAGAAAGAGAAAAUCUAGAACGUAAUUUAUCAGAUGCACAGAAAAAAUGUCAUACAAUGGAUACAAGUGAACGUGAUAUGAGAAAUCUUAUUUUACGCGCUGAAGAAGAUAAAAAACGUUUAGCUCAAAGAAUAGAAAAAUUAACUGCAAACGAACGAGCUCUAGUUCUAGAAUUAGAAAGACUUAAACGACAUGGUGGUACAAGCGAUGGUCGAACUAAACGUAUCAGUCAAUUAGAUGAAUUUAUAUCUGGAAUUGAAGCAGAUCGUGAUUAUUGGCGUGGACAAGUGGAAAUAUUGCAACAAAUGUUAAAUUAUCCUUCAUUAACAAGUGGAACUGAAGGUAGUGGGAUUGGACGUACAACAACAAGUAGUCGAUUGAAAAGUAAACCACCUACUGGACAACAUACAACAACACCAAGUAAAUUAGGUGGUUCUUUAAAAGAUGCAAAACAAAGAAAACUUGAACAACAAGUCCAAGAACUACGUGUUGAAAGAGAUUUACUACGUCAAGAGUUAGAUAGUAUAACACGAUCACGUCAUAGAAGUCCUUCACCAGUGACUAGAUCAAGAUCAUUAAAUCGAUUCCAGACUCGAGAUGAUUACAUGGAAUUGACUAAACUUCGACAAGAACGCGAUGAAUUACGAAGCUUACUCAAUAAACUAGAACACAGAGUUCAAGAAAUUCAGCGUAAUGUUCAUACACUUACACAAGAAAGAGAUCAAAUUAACAAAUUAUACAACGAUUCACGAAGUGAAAUACACCGAUUACAUCAAGAUCUUUAUGCAAUGCAUGAAACUGGUGAUCGAAAUACACAAACUACACAAACUGUUUUACGACGUGUUGAAUCAGAACGAGAUCGUGCAUUAGUUGAUUUAUCCAGAGUAACUGCUGAACGUGAUAGUUUAAUUACAAAAUAUAAAAAUUGUACAGAAAAUGCUCAUGCGGAUAAAUUACGUUUAACUAAUCAAUUGGAUCAUUUAGAAAAUAGUUUAAAUCAAGUUUCAGAAGAACGAGAUGAAGUAAUUAGACGUGUAUCUAUGCAUCGAUUACGUAUAGAUGAAUUACAACAACGUCAACAACAGUUAGAGGAUAGUUUAGCUGAACGACAAGAAUUACUUAAAAAAGUAAAUGAAGAAUCAGCUCAACUCAAACAAGAAGCAGAAUUACAAAAUAAUCGUUUAGAAGAACGUGAAUUACAAAUAUCUCAAAUGAAUGAAAGGACACGUGUUAUGGAGAUGGAUUGUAGACGGUUACAUGAAAGAGUUGAUGAAUAUGAUAUGAAAUUACGCAAAGAAAGAGAUGAAUGUUCACUCUUACGUAACCAACUACAAAAUAUUGAAGAAGAAAAAGUCAAAUUACAAUGCGACUUUGAUAAUUUAACAUGUGAACGUGAUGAUUUGGUAAAACAUCAACGUCAAAUUGAAAAAAGAGCACAAAUUAAUUUAUCAGAACGUGAUCGUUUGUCUAGACAAGUGAAUGAUUUGAAUGAUUUAAAAGAAAGUCUUGAAAAACAACUUAGACAAUUAGAGAAAGAUUAUUCUGAUCAGGCAACUAAAUAUCAACUUGAACGUGAGGCGAAUGAAAAGUUACAGCAACGUAUAGAUACAGCUAUUCAUAAUAAAAAUUCAAUUGAUCGAAGAGCUAAUUGGCUGGAACAACAAACAGAGGAAUUAAGAUCACAUAUAGAUCAAUUGGAACAACAAUUAUCUACUCAGAAAGAUGAAAAUAAAUGGAUGUCAGAAACUAAUGAAAAGUUAACAGCUGAUAAUGAAUCACUAAGAGCUACAGUUGAAUUGGCUAAUAAAGAUAAAGUUCAUUUAGAAUCAUGUAUUGAAGAAAUGAGUUCAGCGCAUAGACAAUCAUUAAGAGAACGUGAAGAUUUGGUUCAACGUUCCAAUGGUCUUCAUGAACGAAAUAUUGAACUUGAUGCAGAAAAUAAGAAAUUAGAUUUAGAAGUGAAACGUAAUGCUGAAGCGUUACGAGCAGAAAGAAAUACGAAUGCUGAUCUUCAGCAACAGUUAGAAUUAUGCAGACGAAGAUCAGAAACAGCUGAAAGAGACGCAAAUGAUUGGAGUUCACGUGUACGUUUGGCAGAAGAUCAAUUGCAUAAAUCUGAAACACGUGUUGUACAAUUAGAAAGAGAAUUACGCGUAGAAAGGGAUGAUUACAGUCAAUUAAGAUCAAGAAUGGAAAUGUUAGAAGAAGAAAAACAAAAUUUAGAGAUUAAUUUAAAGGAAACAUCUCAAAGAUUAUCACACACUGAAGUUGAUUUAUCAAGUAGACUACGUGAAAUUCAUGAUAUACGAUCAGCACAUGAAGAAGCCGUACGUACAAAUACACGUACACAAGAAGCUUUAUCUACACGUAAUAGUGAAUUAACAGCUGCUAGAACUGAAUUAAAUUCAAUACAAACAAGUUUAUCCGAAACACGUCGACUAUUAGAAUCGGAACAACGUGAAACAUCAAGACUAAGAGAAGAUUUAAAUCAUAUGGCAAGGGAAUCACAAACAUUACAAACAGACCUACAGGAUGUAGGUGAUGAAAGAGAUGAAUUAAAACAACGAAUGAAAGAUUAUUUAAGUGAACUUUCACGUUUAGAACGUGUAUUAUCAGAACGAGAUAGUGAAUGUAGUAAAUUAAUGGAUCAAUUAAGAACAGCAAAUGAAGAAUCUGAAAGUUGGAGAACAAGAUGGGAAACAGCUGAAAAUAAAUUAACUAGUUGUAAAGUUGAUUUAGAAGAUAAAGAAGGUGAAUUAUCUAAUGAACGUGAAAGAUCAGAUUUAAAAGAUAGAGAGAUAUCACAUUUACGAGCUACACUUAAUUCAACAGAAAUUCAGAGUAAUGCAACAUCACGAUCAUUAGUUGAAGCUAAUGAACAACUUAGAAUGUCUCGAGCAGAAAUUGAAACACUUUCUACAGAAAUAUCACGAAUACGUGAUGCAUUAUCCCGAAGUGAAACAGAAAAAGCCAAUGUACAACGUGAAAAUAAUACACAACGUUUAGAUAAUGAUCAAUUACGUGCACAGUUAGAUGAUUUUGAAGUAGAAUUAGAACAAAUUAAAGAACAAUUAGAAGAUGAACGUGAAAAUAAUAGAAAUAUUAAUGAAAUACUUACAAUUACAAGACAAAAAGAACAAAAAGCUUUAUCUGAAGCUCAGGAAAGAACUACUGAAGUGAUUGCUUUACGUGAUAGAAUUACUAGUGCGGAAGAGCGAGCUGAAAUGGCUCAACGUGAAGUAGAAAAAGUAAGAGAACGAUUAGCUGAAACAGAACGAGAAGCAAACCGGUUAUCAAGAAGUUUAUCAGCUGAAAGAUUUGAGAAAGAACGCGCCUUAUCUGAACUAAGAUUAAGCAGUUUACCAGCAGGUUAUAGACCUUCAGGUUAUUCAAGUUUAGGAGCAACAUAUUACCCGGGUACUUCAGUCAGUCGAGAUCGUACGGCUUAUCAAGAAAGAGAUGAUUAUUGACUUUAGUACUGUUAAAAUUUCCUAUAAGCUGCUUUUCAGAUAGUUAUAUGAAAUAUUGUUCCGUUGACCGUUUAUUAUUUCUUUGACAGUUUUGCUCUUUGAUUACUAUUCCACCAAAUUUUAUGAAAUUUAUACAUGUGAUUAUAUCAGACACAAACCGAAUAGGAUAAUUCUUAUGUAAACUUUUAUACGAAAUAAAUGAAAAAAGUCUAACAAGUUUAGAUUUAUGAA